AUUUUCCACUCAGGUGAGUUGGCCAGCCAGCCACGCAACACGAGAGCUACUGAAAACAUGGCUGCUUCUGUACGGGUGAGGACGUGGAACAACAAGGCUAGCUCAGUCAAACCCUGGAUACUUCUUUUGACAGGGAUCAUUUUAUUGGGCGAUGUAAAUAGCGGGGUCAUGGCAGCACCAGAACCGGGACAAUGGAGUAUUACAGUUGUCAAUACCUCAAGACCAUUACUUUUGAGGAAAUCCAUGUAUAAAGACACUGAUAUCAAAUUGAAAGUUGUGUCCUUUGGUUGUCCAGAGGAGAUGACUUUUACCAUUCGAUGGUACUUGAAAUACUAUCCCUGCCACAAUGAGUUCAAUAAUAUUGAGGAAAUGUAUGAGAGGACGCCACUGAGUCGAGGACAGGGUAUGGAUCCGAACCCUCUAGGACAAGGAGAAUGCAUUGAGCACAAGCACAAGCCCUUGAGCUGCAACAAUGACCUGCGAUACUUCCCAAUGCUAAAUAAAGCCAAGGCAGAACCACGGCCAGUUGUCCCUCCCAUGGAAGGAGCAGCACCGGGCUCAGAUGAAAACUACACGAAGUGGACGAUGGAGGAGUACGACAAAGUCGGCGGUCUGAAGAAUGGCAGUGUGUCGCUUAAACAUGACGUCAUCGCCACCACGUGGAAGGACGGCCCCUAUCUGCUGGUGGUGGUGAUUAAGUCUAACAAACAGGAAGCCAACUGGAAUCUAACAGUCAACGUCGUAAUGAAAGGAACUCACGGCUACAUCUCCAUCACGGAAUGGCCUCUCAUGAUCUUCUACAUGGUGAUGUGUACAGUGUACAUCCUUUAUGCGUUACUCUGGUUCCUGUGGGCUGCCUGCUACUGGAAGGACUUACUGAGGAUCCAGUUCUGGAUAGCUGGAGUCAUCUUUCUGGGCAUGGUGGAGAAGGCUGUGUUCUGUGCUGAGUACGAGAACACCAACGGUGUCGGGGCAGCUUCUCCAGGCCUGUUGAUCUUUGCUGAGCUCAUCUCUGCCCUGAAGAGAACCCUGGCACGGCUGCUGGUCAUUAUCGUCAGUCUGGGAUAUGGUAUAGUCAAACCUCGACUGGGUACAGUGAUGCACAGAGUGGUGGGACUAGGUGUGCUGUACUUUGCCUUUGCUGCCAUCGAAGGUGUGCUUAGGAUCACUGGGGCGAAAGACUCUGACCUGGCUCUGUUGGCCAACAUUCCUCUGGCUCUGAUUGACUCUUCUCUCUGCUGGUGGAUAUUUGUGAGCCUGGCUCACACUAUAAAGACACUGAAGCUGAGGAGAAACCCAGUGAAGCUGUCUCUCUACAGACAUUUCACAAACACACUCAUCUUUGCCAUUAUAGCUUCAAUCAUUUUCAUGGUGUGGACGACGAAAAAAUUCAGACUAGCCGACUGUCAAUCUGACUGGGUGGAGCUGUGGGUAGAUGAUGCCUUCUGGAGGUUCCUGUUCUCCAUCAUACUGCUGGUUAUCAUGUUCUUAUGGAGACCCUCUGCUAACAACCAAAGAUAUGCGUUCACUCCACUGAUGGAUGACUCUGACGAUGAGGAGAUUGAGGAGUUCCUGGUGUCAGCUAAUUUAGCUGAUGGCAUGAAGCUGAGAGCCUCCAACUUUAAGAGUGAGACGAACGGCUCAGCCAAGCCUUCAGGAUCUAACCCGGAUGAAGACUUGAAGUGGGUGGAAGAGAACAUUCCUACCUCUCUAACAGACGUAGCGUUGCCUGUCCUUCUUGAUUCAGAUGAGGAAAUCAUGACUACAAAAUAUGAAAUGUCCAAGAUGGAGUAACAUGGGGAAAUCUUCCUACUACCCACGAUGGAUGCAGAGCAUCUCUUCCUUCUGAGAUUGGUUCCUCCUGCAUGGCAUGGAAGAGACAGAUCACCAGGAGCGCGACACCUCUCCCGUCCUAGGCCUGUUUAGGCUGAGAGUCAGACCUCUGUCUACAACACUACUGGGGCUUAACACCUCUGACUUGGCGAUCAGCAGGGUCCAUUCAUUGGGUAUCAAAUGGAAGAAAACUGAUUUAAACAGGAGGUACUACCUGAACUUGUCCAAUAAGAAAUGCUGGUUAUAGUUUUCCAUUGCAAAACAUUUUUGCUGCGGUGUUCCCUAAUGUGUGCACCCUCUCCACAAACCAAGACAUAACAAUUGUGUGUGACCCAAAGUGCACCCUAUUCCCUAUUCAGUGCCUUCGGAAAAUAUUCAGACUCCUUUACUUUUUUUAACAUUUUGUUACGUUACAGCUAUGUUCUAAAAUUGAUUAAAUGUUAGUUUUUUUCCCUCAUCAAACUACACUCAAUAACCCAUAAUGACUGAAUGAAAAUAGGUUUUUAGAAUGUUUUGCAAAAUAAAAGAACUGAAAUAUCACAUUUCCAUAAGAAUUCAGACCCUUUACUCAGAACUUUGUUCAAGCAUUUUUGGCAGAGAUUACAGCCUCGAGUCUUCUUGGGUUUGACACUAUAAGCCUGCCACUCCUGUAUUUAGGGAGUUUCUCCCAUUCUUCUCUGCAGAUCCUCUCGAGCUCUGUCAGGUUGGAAGAGGAGUGUCGCUGCACCGUUUUUUUUUACGGUCUCAAGUGAUGUUAGCUCGGGUUCAAGUCCAUGCUCUGGCUGGGUCCCUCAAGGACAUUCAGAGACUUGUCCUGAAGCCACUCCUGCAUUGUCUUGGCUGUGUGCUUAGGGUCAUUGUCCUGUUAGAAGGUGAACCUUUGCCCCAGUCUGAAGUCCUGAGCGCUCUGGAGCAGGUUUUCAUCAAGUAUCUCUCUGUACUUUGCUCUGUUCAUCUUUCUGUCGAUCCUGUCUAGUCUCCAACUCCCUACCGCUGAAAAACAUCCCCACAGCAUGAUGCUGCCACCACCAUGCUUCACCGUAGGGGAUGGUGCCAGGUUUCCUCCAAAUGUGACGCUUGACAUUCAGGCUAACAAGUUCUAUCUUGGUUUCAUCAGACCAGAGAAUCUUGUUUCUCAUGGUCUGAGAGUCCUUUAGGUACCUUUUGGGAAACUCCAAGAGGGCUGUUAUGUACUUUUUACUGAGGAGUGGCUUCUGUCUGGCCACUACCCUAAAGGCCUGAUUGGUGGAGUGCUGCAGAAAUCGUUAUUCUUCUGGAAGGUUCUCCCAUCGCCACAGAGGAACUCUGGAGCUGUGUGAGUCACCAUCGGGUACUUGGUCACCUCUCUGACCAAGGUCCUUCUCCCUUGAUUGCUCUAGAAAGUUCUUCCAUUUAAGAAUGAUGGAGGGCAGUGUAUUUGGGGACUUUCAAUGCUGCAGACAUUUUUUGGUACCCUUUCCCCAGAUCUGUGCCUUGGCACAAUCCUAUAUCAACCCCUAAGGACAAUUCCUUCGACAACAUGGCUUGGUUUUUGCUCUGACUUGCAUUGUCAACUGUGGGACCUUCUAUAGACUAGGGUGUGCCUUUCCAAAUCAUGUCCAAUCAAUUGAAUCUACCACAGGUGGACUCCAAUCAAGUUGUAGAAACAUCUCAAGGAUGAUCAAUGGAAACAGGAUGCACCGGAGUUCAAUUUCAAGUCUGAUAGCAAAGGGUCAGAAUACUUAUGUAAAUUAGGUAUUUCUGUUUGUUUCAUACAUUUUCAAACAUUUCUGAAAUCCUCUUUUCACUUCGUCAUUAUGGGGUAAUGGUCAAAAGUAGGGAACUAUGGACCCGUGUGGCUCAGUUGGUACACCAUGGCGAUUGCAACGCCAGGGUUGUGGGUUUGAUUCCCACUGGGUGUCCAGUACAAUAAAGUAUGAAGAUAUAUGCACUCACUUCUGUAAGUUGCUCUGGAUAAGAGCAUCUGCUAAAUGACUAAUGUGUAUAGGGAAUAGGAUGCCAUUUGGGACAGUUUUUGUGAUAACUUGACUUUAUACUGUAUCUUGGAGAGGGGAACAAGCUGGUAUAUUAUUUCUACACCAAUUGGAUACAUUAUGUAAUAUAAGACCAAUGUGAUAUUUUGAUGGAUGAUAAUUCAGAGGUGUGUGUGUGUGUGUGUGUGUAUAUAUUGUUUAUCUCACUGAGCGAAAGCUUUAUUGCUUCCUAACCAAAGUAUAAUGUGAUGUGUUGUGUGGGGGAGAGUUGUCUGCAUUGUGUUUUCUAUGCUGGGACACAGGAUUAAUUCGUUUAGUGUGAGUUACGCAGUACUAAACAGAAGUGUUGAUGUAAGUGUAGGAUCACAGGGCUUGGCUCUGUUCAGAUAGAAAUGUCUUGUGUAGAUUGUCUGUCAGAAGAAUAAUGCUAGAGCCAACACAAUUCCGUUCUAUCUGCUAUUGAUGUUCAGAAAGUUUCACAUCACUGAUGCACCCCUGAGGUUGGUUAGUAGAGGCAGUACUUUAGUUGAGGCCCAUGGCAUUGAAGUUAUAAUGAAUAAUAAUUUAUUCAGCUUCUAUAGUGCUUUUCAUUGGACAGAAUCUCAAAGUGCUUGUUAAGCAAAAUAACCAACAAGCAUGUAUUUAGAGAUAUAGGCUACAACAGUAGAUGGGUCAAGUCUGAGUGUUUCCUGAAACCUCCAGAUGGACAGCUGCUCUCAUGAGAGGAUCUGGAAGCUCAUAGCUAGAUGGUCAGCAGCGGUGGUGGUCUGGUCAGCAUGUCCAAGGGCAGGCAGGUAGGCUGGCAGAUCCAUGUCAUCAGGGCGUCUCCGCCGUCUGCAGAUCCUCUGUAUUGGGACUGUGAUGAGCUUUGAGAUCCCCACAGAGUACAGUCAUCACUUCAGAAGUAUCCUCCAAAGUAAUGAAAAGCUGUCCCACUGCCUCUUGGAUCACCGUUGGUGAAAAGCAACCCUGAGUCAUUGGUGUAAUUCAAAUGAAAACACACCGGCUAGCUAGCAUUACCUAGCUUGUUGACAAUGCUGAUUUUCAUACAUUUCCUAGUGGUAGAAAAAGUAAAAAUCCUCCAGUAAAAUACUACAUAAGUAUAUUUAGAACUAAAUACUUUUCCUCAAGUAUCAACAUUAAAUGUAAUUGCUAACAUAUACUUAAGUAUCAAAAGUAUAAAUCAUGUCAAAUUCCUUAUAUUAAGCAAAUCAGAUGGCACCAUUUUAUUUUAAUAUACAGAUAGCCAGGGGCACAUUCUAACACUUAUUUUACAAAUGAAGCAUGUGUGUUUAGUGAGUCUGCCAGAUCAGAGGCAGUAGGGUUCUUUAAGAAUGUAGUGGAGUAAAUGUAAAAGUUGUCAGAAAUAUAAAUAGUAAAGUACAGAUACCCCAAAAAACUACGUAAGCAAUACUUUAAAGUAUUUUUUACUUAAGUACUUUACACCACUACAAUUUAUGGGCAUGACUGCAGAUGAUGAUGUGCAAAUAGAGAGUCUGUUUUCACCCCAGUAUAUGGUUACCAGUGAACGAGAGCAUACAGGUCGCAGUGGUGGGUAGUAUAUGGAUGGCACUGUGAUAGACUGCAUCCAAUUUGCUGAGUAGAGUGUUGGAGGCUAUCUUGUAAAGGACAUCACCGAAGGCAAGGAUCGGUAGGAUAGUCAGUUUUACGAGGGUAUGUUUGGCAGCACGAGGCUUUGUUGCGAAAUAGGAAGCCGGUUCUAUAUUUUGGAUUGAAGAUGCUUAAUGUGAGUCUGGAAGGAGAGUUUACAGUCUAACCAGACACCUAGGUAUUUGUAGUUGUCCACAUAUUCUAAAGUCAGAACUGUCCAGAGUAGUGAUGCUGAACGGGUGGGCAGGUGCGGCAGCGAUCGGUUGAAGAGCAUGCAUUUAGUUUUACUAGCAUUUAAGAGCAGUUGGAGGCCAUGGAAGGAGUGUUGUAUGGCAUUGAAGUUCAUUUGUUAACAGUGUCCAAAGAAGGGCCAGAUGUAUACAAAAUGGUGCCGUCCGCGUAGAGGUGGAUCAGGGAAUCACCAGCAGCAAGAGCGACAUCAUUGAUAUAUACAGAGAAAAGAGUCGGCCUGAGAAUUGAACUGUGUGGCAAACCAUAGAGACUGCCAGAGGUCCGGACAACAAGCUCUCCGAUUUUGACACACUGAACUCUAUCUGAAAAGUAGUUGGUGAACCAUAUCCCUAUGUUGACACCUAUGGAAACGAGAAGUGGUGAGUGACAGCCACAGCCCGUCCCAAUUCAUUCCCUCCCUCUUGGCCCCAGAAGUUUGCUGAUCUAAAGGGUAUUGGGGAAGUAUGCUGUGUAGAGGUGGAGCUUACACCUUACAGAUCUGCCAACAUCGAAGGGUUGCUUAGAGGUUUGUCACUAGUUAACACAUCCACAACACCAUUUAAAAGUUAUGACUAUGUGGCUGUGUUAACUAGUGAAGACCUACUCAGGGCCAAGAGGGACGUAAAGUUUGGCAGGGAAUGAAUUGGGAUCAACAGACAUUGUGGAGCCCAGGGCCCAUUUUCACAAAGCGUUUCAGAGUAUGAGUGCUGAUCUAGGAUAAGUUUUGCCUUUAAGAUUAUAAUAAAUAAGGUUAGAGGGGCAGCAGGUAGCCUAGUGGUUAGAGUGUUGGGCCCGUAACCGAAAGGUUGCUGGAUCGAAUCCCUAAGCUGACAAGGUAAAAAGCUAUGGCAGCCCCCCGCACCUCUCUGAUUGAGGGUUUGGGUUAAAUGCAAAAGACACAUUUCAGUUGAAUGCAUUCAGUUGUACAACUGACUAGGUAUCCCCCUUACAUGGACAGGGGAGAUCUGAUCCUAAAUCAGCACUGGGCCCUGACUGUAAGUAACCUGCAGAGGCCCCUGUGUUUGACAUUUUUACGUCAGGGUACCCCUAUGUACCAUCACCUUCCACCCUGUGACCCCUUUUCUAGUUAUCAGGCACUUUUUAGAACCUCCUUUAGUGGCUAAUGUAAACCUCUAAGAGAUACUUGUCAAUGAUGGCCUCACAAGUGACGAUCAUGAGGUCUGUUUCUUCGUGUUCCCAUAAUGCGGCAUUUGUUGUUGUUUCUCUGAUGCUGGCUGGAGUUGAGUGUUAGCUUUGUUGCUGAUAUGCUGGAGGUUUUGAGGUAGAGAGAUAGAGACUAGAGUUCUACCUGAAAAAAAAGAUCCUCAUUGUCUUCUCUACUGUUGGACUACCUCCAGACAUUUAUCCCACAUCGAUCCACAGCCGACCUCACCGUCCUCCAAAUUGUUUUCUGAAAUAGCCCACUGACAAAAAUCUCACUGCUUUUCUGUUUUCAUGAAGUGACUCACGCCCCGGGGAUAGAAGAAUUGAACCCUGUGAGCACCCCCAUAGAGACUGCCAGAGGUCCGGACAACAGGCCCUCCGAUUUGACACACUGAACUCUAUCUGAAAAGUAGUUGGUGAACCAGGCGAGGCAGUCAUUUGAGAAACCAAGGCUAUUGAGUCUGCCAAUAAGAAUGCGGUGAUUGACAGAGUCGAAAGCCUUGGCCGGGUCGAUGAAGACGGCUGCACAGUGCUGUCUUUUAUCGAUGGCGGUUAUAUCGCUUUGGACCUUGGAUAGGCACAAGGGGUUUAUGUUGGAUUGGUUCAUGAUGUUGUCCUCUGCAGCCUAGGCACAAGGUUAGGGGGUUGUCCAUUUACUCGUUCUCAACUCCAACUAUUUCCUAGGGCCUGUCCAGAAACAACCCCUACCCCCUAGAUUUUCCAAUCUUUCCCCUCCGAUCUCGUGUGUAGGCAGUAGGGUCUAGGGAUGCGUUUGGGAAUCAGACCUAGUGUAUUUGGAGCUUUUCCUAACUUGUAGAAAAUCAGAAUUAGAUGCUUCUUCUUACUCAGACCCUGGCUGCCUUCAUGCUCAGUCUUUCCUUGUCAUGUAGCCUACGACUGUAUUCACUUGUCUGUUAUUUUCAUAGAACAGUCUGGUUUGGGCUGACUGUUAGUCCUGUUGUUUCCUAAGUCACCAGGUGACUGAAUAUUUAUUGCCUUGUACCUAUUUUUGGAAGUUUUUGUCUUCAGAACUAUGCUUGAACAUUUCAUUCCAGGGCUGCUUCUGAAAUGGCACACUAUUCCCUAUAGAGUGCACUACUUUCGACCAGAGCUCUAUUCCCUAUAUAGUGCACUACUUUUGACCAGAGCCCUAUUCCCUAUAGAGUGCACUACUUUUGACCAGAGCCCUAUUCCCUAUAGAGUGCACUACUUUUGACCAGAGCCCUAUUCCCUAUAGAGUGCACUACUUUUGACCAGAGCCCUAUUCCCUAUAGAGUGCACUACUUUUGACCAGAGCCCUAUUCCCUAUAGAGUGCACUACUUUUGACCAGAGUUCUAUUCACCCUGGUCAAAAGUAACUCACUAGAUAGGUGCCAUUUGGGAAGUACAUAUUCAUUUGCCUGUAUGUCUAUUUAUUUCUGUUGACUUGGAGAGAAAGAGAAUCUGUAUUUCUGAUUGUUAUUGUAAUACAAUGGUUAAUUUAAUUGUAAAUAAAACAUGUUUAUUUGA